AGCUGGUUCACUUCCUAUAGGGACUGAAAACCAAGUGAGGAGAUGAAGGAUUGCAUUGUACUACACCAGAAAAUACAGAGAGGAUAGAUACUAUAGAUAGAUCCUGAGCAUCACCCAAGGAACAACUGCACAACUGCGGGAAGUCAUCAAGUCCCUUCACAGUAUUGCUCAAUCCAGAAAAGGUCGGACAGGGAAACUAUCAUCUGGAAAUCAGUCGGGUCAGGAGAGUUUUGACGUAUCAUCCACUCUCCGUGUACAUCAACGCAUUCACACAGGAGAGAAACCAUUCACAUGUGAGGUGUGUGACAAAUCAUUCACAGACUCAUCGACCCUCUGCCAACACCAACGUAUCCGCACAGUGGAGAAAUUAUUCCCAUGCCAGUUGUGUGAGAAAUCAUUCUCAUCGUCAUCGACCCUCCAGGCACACAAACUGGUCACUGGCCUUCCAUCAGAUCUAGUCUUUCUGAAGGUUCAGCUGUGGGUGAUCAGUGAGGGUGUGGCUAGGAAGAAGUGUGAGUGGGUUCCAAGUAUGGUGAGAGCUUCAAUCAUUCAUUGAGUCUCGUGAACCAUUGACUCAUUCAUACUGAUGAAAGACUUUCAAGUGUGAGUUGUGUGAGGCUCAUAAGAUCUCCUAAAACACAAGGUAUUUCUGUUAUCUGAAUGUUAACUUAUUCGGGUCACUUCAUGGAGGUUGAACAAUUCAUAUGUGAGGUGUGCGGCCAAGCUUUCCAACACAAAUCAAUACUCAUGACUCAUAGAUACAUUCACUUUUUGCAGAAGCCAUUCAAGUGUAAUGUGUGUGAUCAGAGUUUUGCACAUUCAUCAGGCCUGGUGAAUCACCAGCGUACCCACACUGGGGAGAGACCAUUCACAUGCACUGUGUGUGACAAAUCCUUCUCACGGAAAUCGAGGCUGCUGCUGCAUCACAGGAUUCACACUGGCGAGAAACCAUAUACCUGUGAGGUGUGUGCCCAAUCAUUUACGGAACCAUCAAACCUCCGCUCACACCAACGUGUUCACACGGGAGAGAAGCCGUACAGAUGUGAGGUGUGCAAUAAGCUAUUUUCACAAUCAUCGACACUCCUGCUCCAUCGCAGGAUUCAUACUGGAGAGAAACCAUACACCUGUCAGAUGUGCAACAAACCAUUUGCAGACCCUUCCAAUCUCCGUGCACACCAACGCAUUCACACUGGUGAGAAGCCCUUCAAAUGUGAAGUAUGUAACCAGGGAUUUGCACAGUCAUCAGGCCUAGUGAAACAUCGCCGCAUUCACACUGGAGAGAAACCAUUCACGUGUGACGUGUGUCACAAAUCAUUCUCGCAGUCGUCGACCUUCCUUGAACACCAAUAUAUUCACACUGGGGAGAAACCAUUCACAUGCAAAGUUUGCAUGAAAUCAUUCACGUCAUCAUCCACUCUUCGUGUACAUCAACGCAUUCACACAGGAGAGAAACCAUUCACUUGUGAGGUGUGUGACAAAUCAUUCACAGACUCAUCAACCCUCCGCAAACACCAACGUAUCCACACAGGGGAGAAACCAUUCCCAUGCCAAGUGUGUGAGAAAGCAUUCUCAUCCUCGUCAACCCUCCAGGCACAUAAACACGUUCACACCGGGGAGAAACCAUUUAUGUGCAAAGUGUGUGAGAAAUCAUUCUCACAGUCAUCGAACCUUCGUACUCACCAACGUAUUCACACAGGGGAGAAACCUUUCAGAUGUGUGAUGUGUGAUGAAUCAUUCUCAAGGUCAUCUGUCCUUCUUGUACAUCAGAGGAUUCACACAGGGGAGAGACCAUUUAUAUGUGACGUUUGUAACAAAUCAUUCCUGACAUCAUCAGACCUCCUUCUCCAUCAGAGGAUUCACACAGGGGAGAAACCAUUCACUUGUCAAGUGUGUAGUAAGUCAUUCUCGAGAUCAUCAAACCUGUUGCUCCAUCAGAGAAUUCACACGGGGGAGAAACCAUUCACAUGUGAGGUGUGUGGCAAAUCAUUCUCAAGGUCAUCAAUUCUCCUAGUCCAUCAGAGGAUUCAUACGGGGGAGAAACCAUUCAACUGUGAAUUAUGUGAUAAAUCUUUCACACAGUCAUCUACCCUCCUUGUACAUCAACACAUUCAUACAGGUGAGAAACCAUUCCUGUGUGAGGUAUGUGAGAAAUCAUUUUCAUCAUCAUCAGAUUUAUGCAAACACCAACGUAUUCACACAGGAGAGAAACCGUUUAAGUGUGAAAUGUGUGACAAGUCUUUCCCAGAUUCAUCAAAUCUCCGCAGACAUCAACGCAUUCACACUGCGAAGGAACUAUUCAGGUGUGAGAUGUGUAACAAAUCUUUCUCAGACUCAUCGAACCUACGCACACACCAUCGCACUCACACAGGGGAGAAACCAUUCCAGUGUGAGGUGUGCAGCAAGUCAUUCUCAGUAUUUUCAAACCUCCAUCGACACCAACGUAUUCACACAGGGGAGAAACCUUUCAGAUGUGAUGAGUGUAACAAAUCAUUCUCACAGUCAGAUAGCCUCCUCAGACACCAACAUAUCCACACAGGGGAGAAGCAUUUCACAUGCAAAGUGUGUGACAAAUCAUUCUCACAGUCAGUAAGCCUCCACACACAUCAGCAUAUUCACACGGGGGAGAAACCAUUCCGGUGUGAAGUGUGUGACAAAUUAUUCUCAAGGUCAUCAGAACUCUUGCUCCAUCAAAGGAUCCAUAUGGGGGAAAAACCAUUUACAUGUAAAGUGUGCAAGAAAUCAUUCUCAAGAUUAUCAAUCCUCCAUGUCCAUCAGAGGAUUCACUCAGGCGAGAAACUGUUCAAGUGUCAUACUUGCGAAAAAGCAUUCUUCCAGUCAUCUACCCUCCUCGUGCACCAACAUAUACACACAGGGGAGAAACCAUUCACAUGUGAAGUGUGUGAAAAAUCAUUCCAAAAUUCAUCAAACCUCCAUGUACAUCAACGCAUUCACACAGGGGAGAAACCAUUCAUAUGUGACGUGUGCGACAAAUCAUUCCCAGAUUCAUCAAACCUCCACAAACAUGAACGCAUUCACACAGGAGAGAAACCAUUCAGGUGUGAGAUGUGUGACAAGGCUUUCACACAAACUGUGCAUUUGCUGGUCCAUCAACGCACUCAUGCAGUGGAAAAACCAUAAAGCUGUUGAGUUCUAUAGCCAACGUUUCACACAAUUUUUGGAACUCCUAGAACAUCAACAAACUCACAUGGGGACUUCUCAGCCAGGUUCUUGCCCAAUCUGUACUCAGAGUGUGAACCUGUACCCAGUCUCACUGUGCAGGGUGUUCAGUGGGACUGGGACACAGAACAAGAAGCAACUUUCACUCCCGUCAAACAACUAGUGAUGACAUCACCAGUGCUGAGGGAUUGUGAGAAAGUGAGGACUGCAGAUGCUGGAUAUCAGAAUGUGGUGCUGGAAAAACACAGCCAGUCAGGCAGCAUCCGAGGAGCACAAGACUCGAUGUUUCAAGCAUAAGCUCUUCAUCAGAAAUGAGGGACUAUGAUGUCAACAAUGGAGUCAGCCUGCAACGUGAUGCCAGUGAAAGAGGACUUGGAGUAACUCCUGCUAUCCUGUAUAGUGAAAGUGAAGAUUAAUGUGAAAAGCUGUUCAAUUCACCUGCCAGCUCCUUAUUUUAGUAAUUGUCUAUACUCAAAUUCUAUAGGAUCAUUGCUUUCUUUGUUAUUUUAUUUUCCUUUUGAGAUACUAAU